AUGUCGCAGGAUCAGGCAGCUGGUGAUCAGUACUUGUAUGAUGAGGAAGACAACGGCAUCACGCCAGAAGACUGUUGGACGGUUAUUUCGUCAUUCUUUCAAGAGAAGGGUUUAGUUUCACAGCAGCUUGAUUCUUUUGAUGAAUUUAUCGAGACAACAAUCCAGGAAUUGGUUUGGGAGGAUUCUCAUUUAAUCUUAGAUCAACCAGCUCAGCAUACCUCUGAGUUUGAUCAUGAAAAUAGACGUUAUGAGAUAACCUUUGGUAAGAUUUAUAUUUCGAAGCCAACUCAAACUGAAGGCGAUGGUACAACACAUCCGAUGUUCCCUCAGGAAGCGAGAUUAAGAAACUUGACAUAUUCGUCUCCUUUGUAUGUUGACAUGACGAAGAAAGUUUUGAAGUCUGACGACAACAACAGAAAAGAUAACGAACUAGAGUGGGUUGAAGAAAAAGUCGAGGAUGAAGAACCUCAAACGAAAGUGUUUUUAGGUAAAGUGCCCAUAAUGUUGAGAUCGAAGUUUUGCAUGUUGCGUGACUUGGGCGAACAUGAGUUCUAUGAAUUAAAAGAAUGUCCAUAUGACAUGGGUGGAUAUUUUGUUAUCAAUGGCUCUGAGAAGGUUUUAAUCGCUCAGGAAAGAAGUGCUGCUAAUAUUGUUCAGGUUUUCAAAAAGGCAGCUCCCUCUCCUAUUUCACACGUAGCUGAAAUUCGUUCUGCUCUUGAAAAGGGUUCCAGAUUGAUAUCUUCAAUGCAGAUUAAACUUUAUGGAAGGGAUGAAAAGGGUUCUACUGGGAGAACAAUAAAAGCUACCCUUCCAUAUAUCAAGGAAGACAUUCCGAUCGUGAUUGUUUUCAGAGCUUUGGGUAUUGUUCCAGAUGGUGAUAUUCUAGAACAUAUUUGCUAUGAUGCAAAUGAUUGGCAAAUGUUGGAAAUGUUAAAGCCAUGUGUUGAGGAAGGUUUUGUCAUCCAAGAACGUGAGAUAGCGCUUGAUUUUAUUGGCAGAAGAGGUGUAUUAGGUAUUAGAAGAGAAAAGCGUAUUCAAUACGCCAAAGAUAUCUUACAGAAGGAACUAUUGCCUAAUAUCACCCAGGAAGAAGGCUUUGAAACCAGAAAGGCUUACUUUUUGGGUUAUAUGGUUAAUAGAUUAUUGCUUUGUGCCUUGGAAAGAAAGGAACCUGAUGACAGGGAUCAUUUUGGAAAAAAGAGAUUAGAUUUGGCCGGUCCUUUGUUGGCAAAUUUGUUUCGUAUUUUGUUCCGAAAAUUAACCAAGGAUAUAUAUAAUUAUAUGCAAAGGUGCGUCGAGAAUGACAAGGAAUUCAAUUUGACUUUAGCGGUCAAAUCACAGACUAUUACAGAUGGCUUGCGUUAUUCACUUGCUACCGGUAACUGGGGUGAACAGAAGAAAGCGAUGAGCUCCCGUGCAGGUGUAUCACAAGUGUUGAAUCGUUACACAUAUUCCUCUACUUUAUCUCAUUUGAGAAGGACAAAUACACCAAUUGGUCGUGAUGGAAAAAUUGCUAAGCCAAGACAGUUACAUAAUACUCAUUGGGGUCUUGUCUGUCCUGCUGAAACCCCUGAGGGACAAGCGUGUGGUUUAGUCAAAAAUUUAUCGUUGAUGACAUGUAUUUCUGUGGGAACACCUUCCGAACCAAUAUUAUACUUCUUGGAAGAAUGGGGUAUGGAGCCUUUGGAAGACUACGUUCCGUCUAAUGCACCUGAUUCCACUAGAGUUUUCGUGAAUGGAGUGUGGGUUGGUACUCAUAGAGAACCGGCUCAAUUAGUCGAAACAAUUCGUAAUUUAAGAAGAAGAGGAGAUAUUAGUCCAGAAGUGUCUAUCAUUAGAGAUAUCAGGGAGAUGGAGUUCAAAAUAUUUACUGAUGCAGGCCGUGUGUAUCGUCCUUUGUUUAUUGUUGAUGAUGAUCAAGAUUCAGAAACAAAAGGUGAAUUGAAGUUAAAGAAAGAGCAUGUUCAUAAAUUAAUGAAUUCUGAAUAUGACGAAUAUGAUGAUGACUCAGAAAACUAUACUUGGUCAUCUCUUGUAAACGAAGGUAUUGUCGAAUAUGUUGAUGCUGAAGAAGAGGAGACGAUUAUGAUUGCAAUGACACCAGAAGAUUUGGAGUCAAAUAAAGCAGCCAUGAACCCAGAAAUACAAAUGGAGGAUGAUUUAGAUCCUGCUAAGAGAAUCAAAACUUCCUACAGCGGAAGGGGUCAUACAUUCACGCAUUGUGAAAUCCAUCCGUCAAUGAUAUUGGGUGUUGCUGCAUCCAUCAUUCCCUUUCCGGACCAUAAUCAAUCUCCUCGUAAUACGUAUCAAUCAGCUAUGGGUAAGCAGGCUAUGGGUGUAUUUUUGACUAAUUACUCCGUAAGAAUGGAUACUAUGGCUAAUAUAUUAUAUUAUCCUCAAAAGCCUUUGGCCACCACCAGAGCCAUGGAGCACUUGAAGUUCCGUGAAUUACCUGCCGGUCAGAAUGCGAUCGUUGCAAUUGCAUGUUAUUCUGGAUAUAACCAAGAAGAUUCUAUGAUCAUGAACCAAUCGUCAAUUGAUAGGGGAUUGUUCAGAUCUUUGUUUUUUAGAACUUAUAUGGAUUUGGAGAAGAGACAAGGUAUGAAGGCGUUGGAGACUUUUGAAAAACCAUCGCGCUCGGAUACCUUGAGAUUGAAGCAUGGUACUUAUGAGAAAUUAGACGAUGAUGGAUUAAUAGCACCUGGCGUUAGAGUUAGUGGUGAAGACAUUAUAAUUGGUAAAACUACACCAAUUCCACCUGAUACGGAGGAAUUAGGACAGAGAACGCAAUACCACACUAAAAGAGACGCAUCCACACCAUUAAGAAGUACCGAAUCAGGUAUUGUCGAUCAGGUAUUACUAACGACUAAUGGUGAUGGGGCCAAAUUUGUGAAGGUUAGGAUGCGGACCACUAAAGUACCUCAAAUUGGUGACAAAUUUGCUUCUAGACAUGGACAGAAGGGUACUAUCGGUGUCACAUACAGACAUGAAGAUAUGCCUUUUACGAGUCAGGGUAUAGUUCCGGACUUGAUCAUUAAUCCUCAUGCCAUCCCCUCUCGUAUGACGGUUGCUCAUUUGAUUGAAUGUUUAUUAUCUAAGGUUUCAUCGUUAUCAGGUCUCGAGGGUGACGCAUCUCCUUUCACUGAUGUUACAGCAGAGGCUAUAUCAAAGCUUUUGAGAGAGCACGGAUAUCAAUCAAGAGGAUUUGAAGUUAUGUAUAAUGGCCAUACCGGUAAGAAAUUGAUGGCUCAAGUUUUCUUUGGGCCAACUUAUUAUCAAAGAUUGAGACAUAUGGUGGAUGAUAAGAUUCAUGCAAGAGCAAGGGGCCCUGUUCAAGUUUUAACAAGGCAGCCUGUAGAGGGUAGAUCUAGGGACGGUGGAUUACGUUUCGGAGAGAUGGAAAGAGAUUGUAUGAUUGCUCAUGGAGCUGCUGGUUUCUUGAAAGAAAGACUCAUGGAAGCAUCGGAUGCAUUUAGAGUUCAUGUGUGUGGUAUUUGUGGUUUGAUGUCUGUCAUUGCUAAUUUGAAGAAGAAUCAAUUCGAAUGUCGUUCAUGUAAGAAUAAGACUAACAUUUAUCAAAUCCAUAUACCAUAUGCUGCGAAAUUGUUAUUCCAAGAAUUAAUGGCAAUGAAUAUUUCUCCAAGAUUGUACACGGAGAGAUCUGGAGUCUCUGUUAGAGUGUAA